AUGACGGAGUUGGGCGAUGUGUUGACCUGCCGUCUUGUGGUAGAGGACGAGCGAAUGCGGCGCCAGCGCGAGGCGUUUGAGGAACAGCGGCAGUGGCUUCUUUCGAAACUUGUGUCCGUAUCCCACGACGAUGGCGGUGGCGAUGAUGAAAGGGCUGGGACGAGGCCGGAGAAGCGGCAUGAGAAGCGGCCAUUGAGGUCUCGUAGCUCCCGUUGUACCGUCGGUGUGCCCGUCGAGGAGCGGCUGCUGGAAUACGGGAGGCAGAGAGAUGAACGGGUGGAGCGAGCACGCAGAAUUCGCCAGGAGGAGGCAGAGAUGGCGGAGGCAAAACUCCUCGAGAGGGCAGAGCCAAGGAUGCAGAGAGGCACGCGUGCCAUUUCGUCCAGUACUUCGGAGACAUUGACGCGCAGGCGGGCUCAGAGGUACGAACGACUCAUGGAGGAGUCCACCGCAGAACUGAAUUUUCAUCCCCGAAUAUCGAUUGAGUCUGCGCGUCUCGCGCGUGAGCGGCGGGUAAAGGAGAAUAUCGCGGACUUGUCUGUCCAAGAGGCUCUGCUGCGCCGCAAGGCAAUGGCAGACAAGCAGC